AGGGCCAAAUGUAAAAAAAGACGAUGGAGGGAAGAGAUAGGCGAAGCUGAAACCAUAAACCCAAAGCCAAAGCCGAAAUCCAAAUGCAAGUGCAAAACAAACUCAGCUGCGAGUGCUGAAGAACCACAAAAUAUAAAUAAAAAAAAAAAUAAGGAGGAAGUGCAACCUGCGCCCAAGCCUAAUUAAAAAGUAUUUCACAGCGGCUGCAGAUUGCUCAUACGCCGUGUGGACCGCGAGUGCCUGAGUGUUCGUAUUUGUGAGCUUCUCGUGAAAUAAUAAGGUUGCAACUCGUGAAAGCAAGUAGAGGGAUAUCGAAAUCUUUGUUCAACCUGCUGGAGGGCCGUCCCAGAAUUAGUUUGGCAUGCGGCUGCUGUUGCCACAACUGUUGCAUGCAACAUGGAUGGCGAAAAUCGGAUUAUACUCAAUGUGGGCGGAAUAAGAUAUGAAACCUACAAGGCGACGCUCAAGAAAAUCCCCGCAACACGUCUCUCCCGACUGACCGAAGCCCUGGCCAACUACGAUCCGGUACUCAAUGAAUACUUCUUCGAUCGCCACCCCGGGGUCUUCACCCAAAUCCUCAACUAUUACAGAACUGGCAAACUGCAUUACCCAACUGACGUGUGUGGACCGCUUUUCGAGGAGGAGCUGGAAUUCUGGGGACUCGACUCUAACCAGGUAGAACCAUGCUGUUGGUCAACCUAUAGCAUACAUCGCGAUACGCAAAACACCUUAGCCAUAUUAGAUAAGCUAGAUAUUGAAAAUGAGAAGCCCACUGAGGAGCAGAUAGCUCGACUAUUUGGCUUUGAGGAGGCACUGAGCAACGGCGAGCUUAACUGCUGGCAGCGUCUUAAACCCAAGAUCUGGGCCAUGUUCGAUGAGCCCUCCAGCUCCACGGGUGCCAAGAUCGUUGCUGGCAUGUCGGUUUUCUUUAUAUUUGUUUCUGUGAUAUCAUUCUGCCUGAAGACCCACCCCGGCUUCCGCGUGGACCUGCCCUCUGCCGCCGACGACGCCCAUGGUUCGGGGGCGGGGGGUCCGCCCCACGGCCACGAUCCGAUGGGGGAACCGCCGCAGCAACACCAAUACCAUCAGCACAGCAUCACGCCGCCGAGCGGCAGCAUAGGACCCACCUUUCGUGUGACGAACUACACGAGCUACAGCAGCGGCAACUUCACCGCCCCCGGCCAGGGCACGCCCAUUGCCACGAUUAAGGGCGGCCAGCGGCAGCGACUGAAACGGAAUAUCAACGGCAGCAUCCUGAACGAGUUCAUCGAGGAGAAGAUCCUGGGGAACAACGGGAGGAGGAAACACGGCUGGAUCGAAACCUACGGUCAGCCGCACGAGGCUUUCUUCUACGUGGAGCUGGUGUGCAACGUCUGGUUCUUCAUCGAGGUCCUCAUCAGACUGAUUGUCUCACCAAAUCUGUGGCAGUUUAUCAAGUCGCCGGUCAACAUCAUUGACUUUACGGCCACUUUGAGCUUCUAUACGGACGUGAUGCAGCGCAUGGGCGAAUAUACAGGUCUCCUGGAGGCCUUUUCCAUCGUGAGGAUAAUGCGGCUGUUCAAGCUGACCCGUCACUCGCCUGGGCUGAGAAUCCUUAUCCACACAUUCAAGGCCUCUGCCAAGGAGCUGACUCUGCUGGUUUUCUUCCUCGUUCUGGGCAUUGUCUUCUUCGCCAGUUUGGCCUACUAUGCGGAAAAGUUGCAGGACAAUCCGGACAACCAGUUUAAGAGCAUCCCUUUGGGGCUGUGGUGGGCGAUUGUGACCAUGACCACCGUGGGAUACGGGGACGUGGCUCCGAAAACCUAUCCUGGGAUGUUCGUGGGUGCGCUGUGUGCAUUGGCCGGAGUGCUGACCAUCGCCCUGCCAGUGCCAGUCAUCGUCAGCAACUUCUCCAUGUUCUACUCCCACACUCAGGCUCGCUCCAAGUUGCCCAAGAAGCGACGACGUGUCCUGCCAGUCGAGCAGCCGCGUCGCAAGAGGGAGCCAACUGCUCCGCAUCGCGGGAGGACGAAUGCCAUUAAACAAACGCCAGCCACUGGGCCAGGAUUACUGGCCGGUGGCGUUGGUCCUGUGGGAGGGGGCGGGGCAGGACUCGGUGGCCAUGCUGUGGGCCACCCCGCUGCCGGGACGCCCAUGUUCAAGGAUGCAUUCGGCGGUGCCAAAAUCGGCACCGUGAACGUGAACGGCGUCAAUGUCAUUGGCCUGCAUCCUGCGCAAAGGACGACGACGACGACGUUGCCAACGAUGUCGACGACUAUAAUGGCAGAUCCGACGCCGAUGUCGGCAAUGACCUACCAAGUGCCUAUGCUUCAGCCGCCCCCGCUGCCCGCCCACAGUCACGGCCACGCCCAUGGCCAUGUCCAUGCCCACGCUACGGCGGCGAUGACGUCAUCGGCGGCAUCGCUCACUGGCUCAGCUGCUUCGGCUGCCGUUGCCACAGCCGCCGCCGCCGCCCCCGCCGGUCCCUCCUUCAUCAGUUCGGACUACUUGAGCGUGCCGGCGGUGCAGAGCCUUCAGCCGCGGGCGGCGACGACUGGCCACGACUUCAUGCUGCCGCUCCAGCCGAAACUUCUCGGCCCCCUGGAACGCAAGGAUCAGCAUCCCCUACAGUUGACCGCCCACAAUUUGGCCUCCGAUACGCACCAGCUGAUGUACUCGGGCCACGCCCAUCCCGCCCACAAGACAGGAGGCGGUGGAGCGGCGGUACUGAACGUACCGCCCACACUGAGCAUGUCGCAUACGCAAAUGCCACCAGGAAUGGCCAGUAUGGGUCAACGGACUCCGAAUCUGAGUUUCCGGGCCGCUCACGGAACUUCCUCCCAGGUGGCCACCAUCCAGCAACCGAUUCCACACGCCCACGCCUGCCACGCCUCCACGAAUUGCAACAUCAAGAUUUCGGUGGCCUCCGCCGGCGUUCCGAUGGGCUGCCAGGAUGAAUUCCGGGCUCCCAAGGUGACGCUGCUCGAUGAUCUCAGCGAUGAGGUGAACUCCUCGACGGACGAGUGCGGGGAUUGCUGCCUGGUGGAGGACAGUGAUACCUACGAAGGUGGAACCAUUAACAAUGGCCAGAGCAACCAGGAGAACGGAGCGGAAGAUAUCCGAUUGGACGAUGGCCUAAUGGACAACGAGGACGAGGAGGAGGAGGAUGAGGAGGAGGACGACGAAGGAGAUGGUAGUUGUGUGGGCGGAGAUAGUAACGAUAGCAUUGGGGGAAUCUACAUUGGUCCCCGGCACUGAUUGCCCGACAUUAACUGGGAUUUCCCUCACUAAAGCGGAUUUACCAACUUCUGACAGUAAACUGCCUAAAACUGCUCUAAACUGCAAAUCGCUGAAUCGUUGAAUCGGUGGAAAGAACUAAAGUGUAAAUGUUAUGUGAAUGAAUCGUAAAAUGCUAUCUGCAACUCUAACUUUAAUG